GUAUGUGAGGCAAAAGAAAGAUGCUUAUUUUGCUGAUGGACAAAGGAAAAAGGACUGGCAUAACAACGAAGCUAUAAGGAGGGACUCUGAGCGUGUAGGAAAUGGAGAACAGGGAAAACCUUACCCGAUGACUGAUGCAGAGCGAGUGGACCAGGCAUACCGGGAAAAUGGCUUUAAUAUCUUUGUGAGUGAUAAAAUUUCUCUGAAUCGUUCCCUUCCAGACAUCAGGCACCCAAACUGCAAAAAUAAGCUGUAUCUGGAGAAGCUUCCGAACACGAGUGUGAUAAUUCCGUUCCACAACGAAGGAUGGUCCUCUCUGCUCCGGACAGUGCACAGUGUCCUCAACCGCUCCCCUCCUGAGCUGAUAGCAGAGAUAGUGCUGGUGGAUGACUUCAGUGACAGAGAACACCUGAAGAAACGCCUGGAGGAUUACAUGGCCCAGUUCCCAAAUGUACGAAUCCUGCGAACCAAAAAGAGGGAAGGGCUGAUCAGGACUCGCAUGCUGGGGGCCUCUGUGGCCAUAGGGGAUGUCAUCACCUUCCUGGAUUCCCACUGCGAGGCCAACGUGAACUGGCUGCCACCCCUGUUAGAUCGCAUUGCCCGAAACCGCAAGACUAUCGUUUGCCCCAUGAUCGAUGUUAUUGAUCACGACCACUUUGGAUAUGAGACUCAGGCUGGAGACGCAAUGAGAGGUGCAUUUGACUGGGAGAUGUAUUACAAGAGGAUCCCCAUUCCUCCUGAGUUACAGAAACCUGAUCCCAGCGAUCCCUUUGAGUCUCCUGUAAUGGCUGGAGGACUGUUUGCAGUCGACAGAAAGUGGUUCUGGGAGCUGGGAGGGUAUGAUGCUGGUCUGGAGAUAUGGGGAGGAGAGCAGUAUGAAAUAUCCUUUAAGGUAUGGAUGUGUGGAGGUCGCAUGGAGGACAUCCCUUGCUCUAGGGUUGGUCAUAUCUACAGGAAAUAUGUUCCAUACAAGGUUCCCACAGGAGUCAGCCUGGCCAGAAACCUGAAGCGGGUGGCUGAGGUGUGGAUGGACGAGUACGCCGAGUACAUUUACCAGCGCAGACCCGAGUACCGGCACCUCUCUGCGGGGGACGUGGCGGCCCAGAAGGAGCUUCGCAACAACCUCAACUGCAAAAGCUUCAAGUGGUUCAUGAGCGAGGUCGCCUGGGACUUGCCGAAGUUUUACCCACCAGUGGAGCCUCCAGCAGCUGCCUGGGGAGAGAUACGCAAUGUCGGAACUGGACUGUGUGUGGAUACUAAGCAUGGAGCCCUGGGAUCCCCACUGAGGCUGGAAAACUGCGUGAAGGACAGAGGAGAGGCAGCAUGGAACAACGUGCAGGUAUUCACCUUCAGCUGGAGAGAGGACAUCCGUCCCGGGGAUCCUCAGCACACCAAGAAGUUUUGUUUUGAUGCCAUUUCCCACAGCAGCCCUGUGACCCUCUAUGACUGUCAUGGAAUGAAGGGGAACCAGCUCUGGAGAUACCGAAAAGACAAGACUCUCUACCAUCCAGUCAGCAGCAGCUGUAUGGACUGCAGUGAGAGUGAUCGAAAGAUUUUUAUGAAUAGCUGCAAUCCUUCAUCUCCAACACAGCAGUGGAUAUUUGAACACACAAACUCAACCAUCUUGGAAAAAUUUAACAGAAAUCUUGAUCUUUAAGAGACUGAGAAAAUAUAUAUAUAUAUAUUUUACAAUUAUAGUUUUUACUGGGGAGGGUUACAAAAAAUUUUUUUAAGAAUACUUUUUUUUAAACACUUAAUGAAGGUAAAAGGGAGAAUCUCAGGAGAAGGUUAAUGAGCAGGCCAGUCUUUAUUGUGAAGAUGCUGCAUCCUUCUCUUCUGGGGAUGGUGGAAUUUUAAAGGCUUUGCCAGAGCCAAUUCUGUGCUGAGACUGAACAGAAACUCUGUUUUUAGAGGAGUCUGAAUGUGAUUCAAAUGGAUUUUUUUUCCUUUGUUUUUGUUUUAUUUCCCACCUGGGUUUUGUGUUAAAUGAUUUUGUUAUCCAGGACCCUCCAGGACUUUUUGUAGCUGCUAUACCACCCGCUGAAGUGUUCCCACAGCUUUAUCUUCCGAACUCCAUAUAAGGAAAAUCCUGAUACAAGAUUUAGGCCUCCAAUCAAAAAAAAAAAAAAAGAAAAAGCCCAUCAGUGGAAAAUGAAAUGCAUAUUUUUUU